GCAUUCAGGGACUCUCACUGCGCAAGAUGGAGUGUAGGCCGGCCGGCGAGACUGCACCUCCCAGCAUGCCUUGCAGCCAGGACUGGAGUCGGUACUUAAGAGUGAUGGGGUUCCCUAGAUACUUUAGGCCGUCGCAUCGGUUAUAGAGAUUGAGGUGGAACCCGGGGCCUGGGAACUGGACGCACGCGGAGGGCGAAGAUGGAAGCCUGGCGCUGUGUGAGGAAGGGCUACGGCCACUGUGUGGUGGGAAGAGGCCGAUACCCCAUGUUUCCCCAUCACUCGAGGAGUCUGGGCAGAGACUGGACUACACCGUGGGAGAAUCUGCAAAGGUGUUGCUGGAACAGACAUAUUUCUAGUUGUAUGAGGUGGCCUGGACAUUACUCUCGAGCUCCUUACCCAUACUUCAGUAGUAGGCAUUUUUCACUAAAUUGGAGACCACCCUGUUUGUUUGAGUCUAGAACUCAGUUCCAGUACUGUAACUGGAGACCUGACAACCUGAGCCAGACAUCUUUGAUUCAUCUCUCUAGUUACGUCAUGAACGCUGAGGGAGAUGAGCCUUCAUCAAAACGAAGAAAACACCAAGGUGUGAUAAAGCGGAAUUGGGAAUAUAUAUGUAGCCAUGAUAAAGAAAAAACGAAGAUCCUAGGAGACAAAAAUGUUGAUCCCAAAUGUGAAGACAGUGAGAACAAGUUUGACUUUUCAGUGAUGUCCUAUAAUAUACUUUCACAAGAUUUACUGGAAGAUAACUCUCACCUUUAUAGACAUUGCCGGCGGCCAGUAUUACACUGGAGUUUUAGGUUUCCCAAUAUUCUGAAAGAAAUUAAACAUUUUGAUGCAGACGUACUUUGUUUGCAAGAAGUUCAAGAAGAUCAUUAUGGAGCAGAGAUCAGGCCAAGUUUGGAAUCACUGGGUUAUCACUGUGAAUAUAAGAUGCGGACAGGAAGGAAACCUGAUGGCUGUGCUAUUUGCUUCAAACAUUCCAAAUUUUCACUCUUGUCAGUGAACCCAGUGGAAUUCUUCCGCCCUGAUAUUUCUCUGUUGGACAGAGACAAUGUUGGAUUAGUUUUACUCUUACAGCCCAAAAUUCCAUAUGCUGCCUGUCCUGCGAUCUGCGUAGCAAAUACGCAUCUGUUGUAUAAUCCAAGGCGAGGUGAUAUUAAGCUGACGCAAUUGGCAAUGCUACUGGCAGAGAUUUCCAGUGUUGCCCACCAGAAAGAUGGCAGCUUCUGCCCUAUUGUUAUGUGUGGUGACUUUAAUUCUGUUCCUGGUUCUCCACUAUAUAGUUUCAUAAAGGAAGGAAAAUUGAAUUAUGAAGGACUUCCCAUAGGAAAGAGAUGGGGUUUCAGCUUGUUGACCAGGCUGGUCUCGAACUCCUUACCUCGUGAUCCACCUGCUUCGGCCUCCCAAAGUGCUGGGAUUACAGGCGUGAGCCACUGUGCCCAGCUUCUUCUAGUAAGUAAUUAUUUUCACUUGGUUGAUUUAUAUCUUUUUCAUCUAUCUGUGGCAACAUACUGCUUGGAGGAAUUAACAGGCAGCAAAAAAAAAAAAAGUAUUGACAGACAUGGAUACUUCACCGAUAAGUAACACAAGGUGGCAGGAUAGAAUUUUGAAUGCUGGUUGUGGGCAAAAUAGUAAUUUAACAUUUAUUAUAUAAGUUUCCGUUGUAGAAUAAUAAAUAUUUUCUUUAGCUUAGCACAAUUUAUCUUGUGAUUAUUUUUAUUGUGCUUUCCUCUGCUUACUUUAGAGCAUUUCAUCUUCAGUAUAUUUACCAAAAUAAGCUCUCCAACACUGGAGUUUUGAGUAAUAGUUUAAAAUUAUUUAUUUAUUUAUUUUUUUGAGAUGGAGUCUUGCUCUUUCGCCAGGCUGGAGUGCAAUGGUGGGAUCUCGGCUCACUGCAACCUCCGUCUCCCAGGUUCAAGCAAUUCUCCUGCCUCAGCCUCCUGAGUAGCUGGGACUACAGGCGUGCACCACCAAGCCCGGCUAAUUUUUUGUAUUUUUAGUAGAGAUGGGGUUUCACAGUGUUAGCCAGGAUGGUCUCUAACUCCCAACCUUAGGUGACCUGCAGGUUCACCUCAGCCUCCCAAAGUGCUGGGAUUACAGGCAUGAGCCACCAUGCCCAGCCAAUAAGUUUAAAAUUUUGUAAGAGUUAAUCUCUCUUAGUACAGGUAUACUUCAUUUUAUUGUGCUUUGCUUUAUCGAGCUUCAAACAUACUGCAUUUUACAAAAUUGAAGUUUCAUAGCAACUCUACCUUAAGCAGCUCUAUCAUUGCCAUUUUUCCAACAGCAUGUGCUCAAUUCCUGUCUCUGUCACCUUUUGGUAACUCUUGCAUUACUCAAGCAUUUUCAUUAUUAUUACAUCUGUUAUGUUGAUCCAAGAUUAGUGAUCUUCGAUAUUACUAUUGUAAUGGUUUUGGGGUGUUAUGAACUGUACCCAUAUAAAAUGAGAACUUAAUCGAUAAAUGUAUUCUGACUGCUCCACUAAUCAUCUCUCUCCCCCUACUUGGGCCUCUAUAUUCCCUGAAGCACAACCAUAUUGAAACUAGGCCAAGUAAUAGCCCUGCAGCGCUCUCUAAGUGUUCAAGUAGAAGGAAGACUCACAUGUCUCACUUUGAAUCAAAAGCUAGAAAUGAUUAAGCUUAGCAAGGAAGGCAUUUUGAAAGCUGAGAGAGGCCAAAAGCUAGGCCUCUUGCACCAAACAGCAAAGUUGUGAAUGCAAGGAAAAGUUCUUGAAGGAAGUUAGAAGUGCUACUCCAGUGUAUGAAGGCAUAAUAAGAAAGCAAAACAGCCUUAUUGCUAAUAUGGAGAAAGCUUGAGUGGUCUGGAUAGAAGAUCAAACCAGCCACAGGAUUCCCUUGAGUCAAAGCCUAAUCCAGAGCAAGGCAUUAAGUCUCUUCAAUUUUAUGAAGGCUGAGAGAUGAGGAAGCUGCAAAAGAGAAGUUGGAAGUUAACAGAGGUUAAUUUAUGAGGUUUAAGGAAUGAAGCCAUCUCCAUAACAUAAAAGUACAGGUAAAGCAGCAAGUGCUGCUGAUGUAGAAGCUGCAGUAGGUUAUCCAGAAGAUCUAGCUAAGAUCAUUGAUGAAGGUGGCUACACUAAAUAAUAGAUUUUUUUUUUUUUUUUGAGACAGGAUCUCGCGCUGUUGCCCAGGCUGGACUGCAGUGACACGAUCUCGGUUCACUGCAACCUCUGCCUCCUGGGUUCAAGCGAUUCUGCUUCAGCCUCCCAAGUAGGUGGGAUUACAGGUGCAUGCCUCCACGCCGGGCUAAUUUUUAAAUAUUUUUUGGUAGAGGUGGCGUUUCACCGUGUUGCCCAGGCUGGUCUCGAACUCCUGGGCUUGAGCAAUCCUCCUGCCUCAGCCCCUCAAAGUGUUGGGAUUACAGGCAUGAGCCACCGCACCUGGCCAACAAUUUUUAAUGUGGAUGAAACCACUUUAUAUUGCAAGAAGAUGCCAUCUAGGACUUCAUAACUAGAAAGAAGAAGUCAGUGCCUGGUUUCAAAGGACAGGCUGACUCUUUUGUUAGGAGCUAAUAUAGCUUGUUACUUUAAGUUAAAGUCAGCAUUCAUUGACCAUUCUGAAAAUCCUAGGGCACUUAAAAAUUAUGCUAAAUCCACUCUACCUGUGCUCUAUCAGUGGAAGAACAAAGCUUGGGGAUGACAGUGCAUCUGUUUAUGGCAUAGAGUAUUUUAAGCACACUGCUGAGACCACUAUUCAGAAAAACAGAUUCCUUUCCAAAGAUUACUGUUCGUUCACAAGGCACCUGGUCACCCAAGAGCUCUGAUGAAGAUGUACAAGGAAAUGAAUGUUGUUUCAUCCCUGCUAACACUGCAUCCAUUCUGCAGCCUAUGGAAUCAAGGAGUAAUUUUGUACCUACAGGUCUCCUUAUUUAAGAAAUACAUUUCAUAGGCUAUAGCUGCCAUAGAAGUGAUUUCUCUGAUGGAUCUGGGGAAAGUAAAUUGCAAACCUGCAAAGGAUUCAGCAUCCUAAAUGCUAUUCAGAACAUUCGUGAUUCAUGGGAGGAGGUCAGAAUAUCACCAUUAAAAAGAGUUUGGUAGAAGUUGAUUCCAGCCCUCAUGGAUGACUUUGAGGGGUUCAAGACUUCAGGGGAGGAAGUAACUGUAGAUGUGGUGGAAAUAGCAAGAGAACUAGAAGUGGAGCCUGAAGAAUUAACUGAAUUGUUUCAAUCUCAUGAUAAAACUUAAAUAGAUGAGGAGUUGCUUCUUAUAGAUGAGCAGAGUAUUUUCUUGAGAUGCAUUCUAUUCCUGGUGAAGAUGCUGUGAACAUUGCUGAAAUUACAACAAAGGAUUUUAAAUGUGACAUAAAUUUAAUUGAUAAAACAUUGGAAGGGUUUCCAAUUUUGAAAAAAAGUUCCGUGGAUAAAGUGCUGUCAAAUAGCAUCAGAUGCUACAGAAAAAUCUUUUAUGAAAGGAAGCAUCAAUGGCUGCAGCAAAUUUCAUUGUUGUCUUAUUUUAAGAAAUUGCCACAGCCAACCCCCACUUUAAGCGACCAUCACCCUGAUCAGCCAGCAGUCAUUAAUAUCUAGGCAAGACCCUCCACCCAUAAAAAGAUGAUGACUCACUGAAGGCUGAGAUGAUUGUUAGGAUAUUUUAACAAUGAAGUAUUUUUAAAUUAAGGUAUGUAUUUUCUUAGGCAUAAUGCUAUUGCACACUUAGUAAACUACAGUAUAGUAUAAACGCAACUUACAUGCACUGGGAAACUGAAAAAAUUAUGUGACUUGCUUUAUUGAGAUACUCACUUUAUUGUGGUGGCCUGGAACCAAACCCGCAGUACCUCUGAGCAUGCCUAUAUUUGAUACAAUAGGAACUAUAUUGCAGGUAGUAAAAAAUGAUGAAUAGUGUUAGUUCAAAGCGAUAGAUCAUUUGUAUGUCCAAAUUAAAGAAAAUCAUGUAUGGGAAAAAGAUUGUCAUUUUUAUGUAAAUGAUAAGUGCUUUCUGAAUUGUAUUUGAAGAAAAGAAGAUUUUAUAAGUCCAAAGAAUCACUUAAUAUAAUGAAUAAAGGGUAAUAAUUUACCACUUUUGGAUUACCUUUUAUUUAAGACAUAAAUUUUUCAACUCAUAAGCUAUUUAAAAUCUUUUCACUUAAGAUACCUGUUGAAAUUUU